AUGAGCCCAAACGUUGCCACUGAGCAGGAAAGACUGCCGCAGUCCGCUGACGUGACAUAUGGGUCUGUGGGAGGGUUGGUGAAUGGUGUGGUUCCGGCCCCUCCUCAGAUUGCGACGCAACCUUCAGAAGUCAGUGCGGGGGAUGUAAAUCCUUCAAGGUCAGAAGCAGCUCCGUCCACUCAGGAGCAGGUGGAGGCUGGGCAUGAGAUCCAGUUGGCUGCGGAGCCUCCUGCAGUUGGUCAGUCUGGAGUUCAAGGACAGGGUCAGGCUGCAAUGGCUGCAACAGUGGCUCUGGAGGACGGAAGUGUGCAUGGUGUGAGUGCAAACAUGGAGGUUCAGCAAGGGACUUCCGCCCUGACGGUGGUGCGUUGGAUUUCGCGUUUGAACGACUUCCUAGCCAACCUGGGACAUGCUGUGUUUGGUUCAGUUGGGUUUAAUACGAUCUUCCACGAGAAUAUUAUGGGUGGGGAACUCAGUCCGAUCUACCUCGAAGGUUCGCAGGCGCAGGAGGAUUCGACUACGGGGUCUUCGGAAGUUCAAGCUGAAGUGCAACGGCAGCUGGAGGUGUUGAUGAGGACGCAGUCGAGCCAGCUUGAGGAAAUGAAGGAUGAGCUAAUGUUCCUGAGGGCUGAGAGGGCUCGUUUGUUGAGUGGUCAACACGCUCAGCUACCAAGAGGCGAUGAUGGACCCCAGCGCCAAGGUGAUCCGAGUGUGGUGCCACACGCUCAGCUACCAAGUCAAGAGGCGAUGAUGGACCCCGGCAACAAGGUGAUCCGCGUGUGGUGCAACAGACUCAGCUACCAAGAGGCGAUGAUGGACCUCGGCAACAAGGUGAUCCUCAGGUGUUUGUGCGAGCUCAACCGACAAGAGGAGGUGGCGGGCCCCAGCGUCUGGGCGAACUGGAUUGACUUCAGCCUUCUGGUCCGUCAAGGGGAAUGCACUUGGCUACUGGAGUUAGUGAGUCGUCUGGUCGUCAGCCGCCAGGACUUCAACAUGUGGGUAAUGGUCAUGGGGGAGAUUUGGAAAGAAAUGUUCGUCAGCGCGUUGGUGUUGCUACAAGUGAUUCCCAACCUAUGGCUGCACCUCGAGGGUGCUCAUUGUGAUGUUCCUAUGGGUCCUACAGUUGCCGUCCAAGGAGCCGAACCGCCGGUGGCAGGGAUGACACCGAGCGAAAGACUUCUGGAGAAACUUGCUGAGGGCAUCCAGCAGCUGCAAAGGGUUCAGAUCGACCACCUCGAGAAGGCGGAGCGGAAGAAGGAUGAUGAGACUCCUGAGCAGUGUAAGCCUGGAACAGCGAGUUUGCCAACGUUGCCGAUGCCGAAUGGUAACGAGAGUGCAGUGGCUCUGCAGGACUGGAUCGAGGUCAUCGAUGGUCCCCUUCGCGAUGUCUCUGAUAGCAGCUCGUGGUGGUGGGACGCUGUCAAGAAAAGGGCUCAAGAGAGCUACCAGAGAUGGGUGGCUUCGGGACCCUACGAGCGCUUGGCGUUGAAGCCACCUACGGCGGAAGAUCUGGAAAAGGGCCGCUACUCGAGGCUGAGUGCACGGACGGCAGGUAUUAUGAUGCUCCAGGCCAUGGCAGAAUCAGUUCGCGCUGAGAUGGUGGCACGGGCAAUCACAAGAUCUCCUGUGGCUCUGUUGUUCAGACUGUACACGAUGUACCAGCCGGGGGGCGAAAGUGAAAAGGCCUACAUCCUCCAGUAUCUGGUGACGCCGCCCAAGGCCCAGACUGCAGCUGAAAUGGUUUCUGUUCUCCGACAGCGGGAAAGGAUGCUUCUGCGGGCAGAUAACCUGAACAUCGCCAAGCCCGAUCCCUCGUUGUUAGUUCGAGGACUGAACUCGUUGGUGGCAGAGCUGUGGGCCAAGGACCGGGAUGUCACAUUUCGAACUCAGUUGGUAAAGAGCAGACUGGGAGUGGAUGUGAGUCCGACAUGGGAGACGGCUCUUCAGCUACAUCAACAUCUACGAGCCGAAGCGGAGAACCUGGUGAAUGGCCUUCCAACGACUCCGAAGACGGGAGUUGGUGAUGGGCAACGUGAUGCAAAGCUACGACCGAUGCAGACGGGGACACCGGCUCCAUCAAGGCCUCCGAGUACGACUCCUACGCCAACGGGUACUACAACUCAGGGUGGUGUUGCUGCAGAGAAAAAGUGCAAGUGGUUCACCGAGCCUGGAGGGUGCCGACGAGGAGCCAGCUGCAAGUUCGUUCACUCGUUUGAAGGUAUCUCCAAGAAGAACCGCUGCUAUACCUGCGGCGCUGAAGGCCAUGUGUCGAGUGCUUGCCCAACGAAGGCGGACAAUGGAGACAUGAGACCAGAUGGCUGGAGCGGCAGCGGCGAGAUCUAUGACUGCAGAGCCAGAACCUCAGCCAUCGCCUCCGACGUCACCUACACCGCUGUCUUUGAUGAGCUCGGGUUCAACUACGGCGUCGUCGACUACUUCUACGCUUGUUGCGAGAUCAGUUGGAAGCGUGGUGUCUUCAAGGUGAUUCAUCCAGUUUGGGGUGAAUUGAGGACCUCGUCGCGCGGGGGGUGUCCGGAGCUGGCGCAGGAGCAGGCAGCGAAGCUGGUGAAUGACAUUGAGACGAAGAAGCUCAAUGAGUUCAAGGAGGGUGUUUCAAUGCUGAAGUCGAAGCUGGAACACUUGGCCCAUGAGGAGAAGUUGCCAUGGACGGGGUACGUGAUGCGGUACCUUGUGAGUGGUCAGGCAAGAGACCUUUGGAAGGCGCUACAGGGAUCCUUCAUGAAGUUUCUUCCAGAGCGACUUCUCGAUCCUGUUUGUCGGGGUGUACGAUUGGACGCAGGAUGGGAUCACUUGAAAAGUUUGCCUUUUCCCAGGAGGAUGCGAAAGCGGAUGCUGGAGUCCAGAAAGUGGAUAGUACAUGUUCCGGGUCACCGAGAUGACGUGCCUCUUAAGCCAGAGGCAUAUGGUGAGGAUGCGGUGUUGGUGACGAUCUCUGGAGAGCUUCCUCUUCCAGUCUAUGAGGAUCUUUUAUGUGGGGCGGCUACAGGGAGGAUUGCUGCGGUUGUGGGAUCUACUCCGGGAACAUCUAUGUGCAAAGAGGAACAGUCACUUCGCACGGCCAAGGUGUUGGGGUUGUACGUCGUGGGAAGACUGGCAAGAUCUACCUCGAGAACAGGCUUCCUUUGGUCAGUUCCGAAGUCGGGUGGUGAGGACUACGUGAGCAGGUUGCUAAAGGAGUUCUCUGAGGCCGCGUCGAUGGACCAGCAUGAUGUGAGCCGAGGUUCUUCAGAGGGACAGCCGAAGAUUGCUAUGAUGGUCGUGACAAACUACCAUGUGAGGAGCACGUUCGAGCUGGACAUUAUCCGGCCCGACGAGAUUGCCUACAGUGCGUUACUCAUGGUGCAACAGGACAACUGGAGAAGAUCCAAGUGCUCGUGGAAAAAGGCUGCGAAGAUGAAGUAUUUGUUGGUCGCGAAGUUUACCCUGCCGAAGUCCUAUGUUACGGGUGAGUUUGAGCCAACAGGAACAGAUCCACCAGAUGAGGAAUUGGGACACAAGGAUCUGUUUGAUGAAGAAGAUCGAGGUGAUGGUCAUGAUGUACCUACUGAUGAUCUGGUGGGUGAUUCUCGAGAUGAAGCGUUUGAGGCCGAUCCCUGUGAUGAUGGGGGUGGUGUUGGUGACAUUCCUUUGGAUGUGAAGCCUCCUGAGAAUGGAGUUCCAAUGGACAUCGAAGCACCGGAGGCCACCUAUCUGUUGUUUGCGGAGCCGCUCCUCAAUGACAAGGGAACAUCUAUAGCAUCUGCGAUUCAGUCGAUCGUGUUGUACCUGCAGAGCUUGAACAUCCCUGUGCUGAGGUUUCACAGUGACAGGGCGGCACAGUUGACUUCGAGGCCUCUGGUACAAUGGCUUCAUCAGCAAGCUAUCAGGACGUCUACCAGUACCCCAGGUGUUCCUCAAGAAAAUGGUGCUGCUGAGAGCGCGGUCAAGGAGCUGAAGCUUUCUACAAGGAAGAUUUUGUCAACGUCGGGUUUGGACAAAGGAUUCUGGCCGGUGGCAGCGAAGGCAGCUGCUUCAACGCAGAGAGCAAGAGUGUUGAGGCAAGUUUCACGGAUGAUGACGAGUUUUGGGGCAAAGGUUUUGGUUAAGAAACGGAGGUAUGCAGCUUCCGGUGCUCUGAUCACAUUGGAGUUCGAUGAGCGGUGGUCGGAAGGCAGCUACCUGGGUCUUUCUGAUCAAGUGGCGAAUGGACAUCUUGUCUAUGUGGACGGGAUUUUUACUCACACAAGGAGUGUGAGGGACAAGGCGAAGCUUGUGGACGCAGCGGAAGACUACUUGAAGGACGACGCGGGGACACUUGAGUUUGAAGGGGAUGCAGAGCCUCCUUUGAGAAAAAGGAGAAUUCAUGGGAAGUCAUCGCCUCGGGUUGCUGUGUUGGACGGUGAGUUUGGUCUGGAGCUAUGUGAUGAUGAGAUUCCAAGCGACUAUGAGGAGGACUUUGAUGCGGCCAAGACUCCCCGUGAACAGGUUCAAGAUGUACGACCUCGCGUAGCAGUCCUUAGUCAGCCGAUGAACUCAGGACCCUAUGAUGAUGAUGUACAGAGCGAUCAGGAGGAUUUGCAGAAUCCUGAAGACUACGCCAAGGAGAUCAUCUAUUCCGAAGAGGAUGUUACGGAGGAGGUGAUUGAGAAGUUGUUCGAGUUGCUUCCAAAUCAGAGGUUGCCACGACAAACGGAGGACCAUGGUUCAGAGGGACUUCCUCCCAAGGCCUGGGCUUCAGGAGUAUAUCGACAUGGUGGGGUGCUGGGUGUGAGGAAUUCAUCAAAGGAGUUUCCCUAUGCAACCAGGUUGGUGAAUCAAUUUAUUCGCACUGUUCUUGGGGAGUCGGUUACAUGGUCUACGUUUUCUCUUCAUCGAAACCUCAGUGUGAAGAGACAUCGAGACUCCCACAAUGCCCGCGAUGAGUUGUCCUACUUGAUCCCUAUUAGUGACUUCAGACAAGGUGGUCUUUGGAUACAAGCAGAUAUUGGUGAAGCCGUUGGCGAUGAUGAAGUGACCAUUGUGGAUGGGUAG